GUACGCGAAAACGGUUGAAUUUUCCGUUGUGAAUAUUACACAUUUUAUACGCGAAAUUUAAUAAUAAUAUUAUAAUGAUUAUCGAUACGCAGCUCGACGUAGCCCAACGGGAGUUCGUGACUAAACUGGAUUACUAUCUGCCCGACGACCAAAUUGACGAGAAUGUCACAAUGCUCGUGGAAUGGAUAUCUAAACAGCCGCACUUGCCCAAAAUUACAGGUAAGCCGAGAGCACAACGAUCCGGAAAUUAUCGGUUUUCUCGGGCUUUAUUAAAAUAAUAUUAAAAGCGGUUCUAUACUAGAUAAAAGUGGUGCUAUACUAGACGAUCCAUCAAUUACAAACCGGCGAUUUUCUGUUGAGGGUGCACUCGAUUUUCAUAUUUUUUUAACAAACCACGCGGGAAUCAUUAAAGCGUAUUAUAUUUUAUUUUAACAUUAUUUUCAUUAAUUUUCAUUUAUUUUAGAUUCGGAGUGUAGCGAGGGAUCUAUUGGUUUUACUAUGAUGCGUGAUUUUUUUCUUCUAUUCGAGAACAAUUUUUCUACCAAUAAUCUUACUCCGAAAUAUCAAGUAUAGCAUCUUUUUCUGAAAAGAAAUUUCGUCUAGACGGAACAUAGAAGAGAUCGCUUUUUGAUUUUUAAGAAUCGUACACAAAAUAAUUGUGAAAUAACCGGAAAGAAAAUUAUAGAUCAAAGGUAAAUUUUUACGGCGGCGCGGCGCUGACGUUAUCGUUUUCAUUGUUUUUAAUAGCCACUGACAAAGAUAGUCGUUUUUUAAUGUCUAAAAUACUUUUCAUAAUAAUUGGGAUAAACCAAAGAAGAAGAAAAAUACGAUUUGUGUCAAAUUACGACAUAACGAUUUCGUUAUUUAAAAAUUCAGAUUCUGAACAGAGCGAGAAAUUUAUUAGUUUUACAAUGAUGUUUUUUUUUUAAAUUUUUUUAUACUGUUUACAAUGAUUCUCCCAGCAACUUUAUAUUUGCCUUUUACAUACGUGGUAAAAUUUUCAAAAUAUUGAGCCAUUUUUGAGCUUUUAUGGACAUAUCAAUUUUGCUAGUGUUUUUUCUGUAAUAUUUAUUUGGUAAGUAAGUACUCUGUAAAUAAAAUUGUUAGACCAAACAGAAAUGCUUGAAAAUUUAAGAUUAAAUUAUCAGUUAUACUUAAUGGCCAAUACGAAAAAGUUGAGUUUUAUGUACUUAGUAUUUUUUUUUUUUUUUUGACAAUUUUAAUACCAAAUUUUGAUGAAAAUCAUAAAUCUUUUCAACUGCUCACCUACAACAGUAGCCCAUUCGUCAUGCAAAGUGUGUUCGUAUUUUUAUAGCUUAAAUUUUCUAUUAUAAAUAUUUAUCCAAUAAAUAUAAUUUGAUUGAAAAAAAAAAAACAAAAAACCACAAUUGACUUUUUUUUUUUUUUUGUUGUAUUUUAAAUUUAGUUCGUUAAUAAGUAAUUCGUUUUUUUGGUAGUUUUUGUAAGAGACUUGAUGAAUAUUAUGAAGAGAAUGGGUCUAAGAUGACCACCUUGGGGUACAUCAAAUGGUAUGAUGGUGGGAUCGGGGAAGAAACUGUUAAUAGAGGUAAGUUGUCUCGUGAGGUAACGUACAACACUGGCUAAAACGUAGGGAGAUUACUAAUACUAAUAUUAUCUAGGGAUAGAUACAUAAAAAAGUCAUGGUCAACCUAUUGAACAUCCAUUGUAAAACAAACGGGCGGAGAUGCUAUCUGGUCAGCUGGAAUAAUUGUUUUUAUAAUAAAUCAAAUGAGAAGAGCGCAUCAUCGCAUGAAAAAUAACAAUUACAAGUUUAUCAUGACAGUUGUUAACAUGGUUUGUGAAGGCUUUUACUUAAUUUUUACUUAAAAUGUGUAUACAAUUUUGAUUUUAAAAUAGGAUCCCCCUACUUUUUAAACACAGUUAAUAACUCAGACAUGAAAAGUAAGGAAUGACUAUCACUUUUUCAAAUUUAGGUAAUAAUAGCAGAAUCAAAAAUAGCCAGACGAAAAAAAAAGCGAUGGAAAAAUUGAACAUUUUUUCCGUGGACAUAUUUUCAUCCAUUACAGGAGUAUUUAAUUAUUUUAAAUUAUAUUCUUAUUGUGAUUUUAAUAUUAUUUAUUACGGUUAAAGUGGUCAUAUUAUAAAUAAUAAUUGGCUAAUGAUUUGGCCACUAGGUACUAAAACCCGUUUAAAAGAGAGAAAAGUUCACAUUUGAAAAUCAAAAAUGUAAACUAUAGUUUAAAGUGUAAGGAGUAAGAGUUAGAAUUUAAAAAAAAAAAACAAUUUAAACAAAUUCAUAUAAUGACUUAAAAAUAGGCUUUUAAAUUAUAUACGAAAAACAAAAAUAAAAACGAUAUCAUUUGCGAGAGAAUUGUGAUAUUCGGAAUUCCAAAGUAAUAGUUGAAAAAUCUCAGAAAGAAUAUUAAAUUGUAAAUGGUGUCAAUGCAAAGAAGACGAAAGCGAAUUUGACCUAAUAUCGUCUUGUAUACCCAACGAACGUCCCAAAAUUAACAGCGAUUGGAAAGAGCUCGGUUCACACUAAAUUAACGUAUUCUAUUUUCAAAAACUAAACUUGAACGUUAACCCAGUUUUUAUUUCUUUUGUGAACGUGAACGAUUUUUAAUUGGUUUGAUGACAAGUUAACUUUUAUAGACCAUAGUUAAGUUUUUUAUUAACAUUUUAUUUGCUAAACAUAGAAGAAAACGAAAUGCGAAUGUUGUUUGUGUAUUUAUAUAGUUCGUUCUACAAAUAAAUAAAAGAUAAUGGUACAAAUCAGAAUAUAGAAUAUAUUACAAUUAUAAAUAAUAAUAAUAAAUUGCAUGACUAAUAUAAUAUUAUAUAUUUUUUAAUUAAAUGCUAUCAUAUUCUAUCUAGUUAUUUGAGUUUUUAAUUUUAAUUUUAAAUUUGAAUGUGUUUGUCAGAUAUAAUCUAUAUUAAUAAAUAUUAAUCAUUACAGAAUGGUUUACAUUUGGUCAGUUAUAAUAUUAUUUGAUAUGAACUAAUUAGGGAAUGUUUGCAUUAUACAUUUAUAAAUAUAAACAAAAAAAAAACCUAAUAUUAAAAAAACUCACUAAAUUUUAUAAACAGAAUCAUUAAAAUAAAACCAAUAUUAAAUAUGAAUAAUUCACUUAUUAUUAUACUACACAUGCGUUAUUUCAAUUUGACGAACUUGAACUAGUUCAUUUUUAAAAGAUUUUCCCUGUCAUUACCAAACUACAAUUAUAAAUCGUCAUAUUCGUGUGUGUUUUCACAGAUAGAAAGUGGUUGAAGCAUUUUAUCAUCGGAUGCAAGUACGAUUUGCAUCGAGCGAAACAGACUAUCGACAAGUACUUCGUUGCCAGAGCGGAACAUCCGGAAUUUAUUUGUACGUUUGACUGGGAAUGGAUUUUAUUUAAUACGAAAAACGGGUAAGUUUUAAAUAUGCAGCUAUUUGUUUGAGGUACGAUAUGAUAUAAAUAAAAACCGAAUAUCUGCGAAUUAAUUAGUUUUGUUUUUAAAAUAAUAUUAUAAUAGCCAUUGUAAUAAGUUGUCUUAACUUAACGCUAUUAUUAUUGCAGUACGAUAUGCCUGUUUCCGAAAAUGACACCAGAGGCUUACCGAGUGAUGUGUAUUAGAAUGAAGCCGAUGGAGAAAGACAUGAAAGUUGACUUCAAACUCUUCUUCCAACUGUUCUUGGCCAUUCUAGACCUGCAAAUGAACAUCGAGCCAAUGCACGGAGAAAUUUUCUUGUUUGACUUAGAAAACCUUCCUAUAGGUCAAUUUAUGAAUUUACCUCCUACCAUGACCAAAAAUUGCAUCGAUUUAUGUUUCGUGAGUAUAUCGUUGAGGUUUGAUUUAUUUGCAUCGCCAUCUUGUGCCAUGGGGCAGUCCGAUAAAACCUAUGGAACAUGGAAAUUCAAAUUCCGUUUAAGCAUGUUUGACCGAACUUCGCUGAGAAUCGUAUUUUGCCUGCAAUGAUUUACCGUUGUGCACAGAUAUAAAUUUAGUAGCUUUAUAUCUCUUAAAUCCCCAAUUUCCCAUUUAUAACAGUGGCACGCCCAUCAACAGUAUAUCAGCUUUUUUUAAAAAUAAAUUUCGUUCAAUGAGAAAAUAACAUGCGAAUAGUUUGUUAAAAUUCGAUGCUUAUUAUUUCAGGAUCAAUAAUGUUAAAAACAUUUAAUUUUUUUGUAUAGAAUUCGUUCCCGGUAAGCGUGAAGGGCAUACACUACAUAAAUCCGCCGGCGUUCAUAGGCCAGCUUCUCACCUUCGUUAAAAUGUUGCUGCCGAACAAAAUUAAAACAAGAGUAAGUUGAAAUUAUAAUGAUUAUAAAUAGAAUGGUUACGUCAUGAGUCGCAUACAAAGGUUUAUACAAAAAAUAUGAAAAAAGCUAUGCAAUGUAACGUGAUCAUCUAGUUUUCAAAUUGCAAUUAUAUGAUACGCGAUUGGUAUUUUUGCGAAACGUUAUCAUCUAGAUAUUAAUAUAUUCCGCCGGAGGCGCUACUUUGCAGAGAAUAAAUGUUGCAUUUUGUGGACCGUCCUACUGUAGGAUUUACACCGUAGCAUAACCAUAUAACUCUUUUGAAAUUAAUCAUAUAAACCGUGGUUAAAAUUCAUUGUGAUCAAUCCUCGAUAAGACACUCAUUAUUUCGGAAAGUGUUUUCUUUUUUCAGAUAUUUUCGGACAAUUUAAAAAACAAGCAGCUCUAUAAUGUUAUAUUUCCAUUCAUUUUUCUCAUCCUUAUUUUAAAGGUGAAACCACUAUACAAUUAUUACUAAACUAGCAUUAAUAUUCCUAGUGAGCGUUCUUGCCUCUGUAUAUAGCUCUGAUGAACACAGUGAUCUAAUUCACUAAACACCAUAAACGGUUCUUCUAAAACAAGAAACGCGAAAAUUGCUAAUAACAAAAUAAAAUUACACUGGCCUCUAAAAUUUCAUCACAAUAAUUAACAAUUUAAAUUUAAAUAUUACAACUAUAGUUUGAUUAAAUGACGAUAAUAAGAUGACGUUUUAUAAUAAUUACUAAUUGUAAUCGUAAUAUGAAAGUAUGAUGUACAGCUGUGUUAAAGUAAAAAUUUUGAACGAAUCCAUGAGUGAAUGCAUUCAUUUUAAAAUCGAACGUGAAUUUAAACUGGUUGCUACCAUGCAUUUUUCGACUAAAUACGUAAAAAUAAUUAUUAUCAAACUCCAAGCUUUAGUAUCCUUAUCAGUUAGGGAUUGGUUAGGUCAUUUUCUUAGUUGUUUUCAUGAGAAAACAAUGAAAAAACACGGAAAGCGCAGGAAAACGGGAAAAUAGAUACGAAAUUAAACAAAUAUUCUUCUUUUCUUUUUGGGUAUUAACGACCAUUAGGACCAACCCGUCAAACAAUCAAUCCUCCAAGUCUCUCUGUCAGCUGCUUUUGUUUUCCAAUCUGGGCCUCCAUACAAUGACUCUAUGUCUCUUUUAUUACCUCUUUCCAUCUUAAAUGGGGUCGUCUAGGAAGUAUUUUCCCUUGAUAGUAAUCACAACCUCGUUAUAAUAGAAACCACAUUAGGCCUAAAAAAGAAAUCAAACAAUUAAAACGCGAUAAAAAGAUGAUACCUACGUAGACAAACUAAAAAAUGAAGAAACGAAAUACAACUAUAACAAAGAAGUAAAUUAUAAGUUAAGAGAAACACGCAUACGGAAACAAAAUUCGAUUUUUGAAAUAAAUAACGAAUGGGAAUCAUUAAAGUAAGCAGUCACAAAUACGGCAGAAAAUAGGAUAGCGAACCAAUGGAAAAAUCAUAUAGAACUUAUAAAAGAACGAAGGAUAUACAAAAAUGGAACAAAUCAUGAAGAUAAAUAGUCCUGAAGGAACUCAAAAGAAAUAAGGCGCCUGGCAUAGAUAACUCAAUUGAAGGAUUACGAAAUAAUCUUGAUGGAUAUAGUUAGAAUGUUUUGUUUAAAAUAAUAUCAAAAGCAUAUAGGACUAGGGUGCUUCUAUAAUACGUUAUAAUACCAAAACCAAAAAAGAAAAACCAGAGAAAUGGCUUUGGGAGCUGCUUGUUUCAUAAAUUAUCCAAAAAAAAAAUAAUAAUUUUAGAAAUAAUAAGUUUUUUAUCCAGGAUGUAAACAGUAGUACAAAAAUAUAAUAAUAUCUACCAUAAAAACAAACCACAAAUGCAUAUGGUUUUUUUUAAACAUAUAAUUACUAGUAAAAUAUCAUUAAUGUCGUGUAUUUUCUACACAUAGGUAUACGUCCAUCAAACGCUGGAAAGCCUUUAUCAAUUCAUUCCAAAAGACGUGCUGCCGGAUAAAUAUGGUGGUACCGCCGGAGAUAUCGAAAAAUUUGAAGGCUAGUAUAUAAUGUUAUACUUUGAAAUAUUAUAAAUUAACAUUACCGUCAAACCACUCUCUAUAUUACAUUGCCACGAGAAUUCAUUUUUCUUUAAAAUUAUUGUAUAAGUCAUGAUUUACCCUUAACAUUUAUAGUAUAUACAAUUUGAUUAAGAACUGCACCUCCAAUACGAAUCGAAAUUAAAGGCGGUGUGUAUUUAUUUGCUAUUGUAUACAUUUAACCGUAAUAAUUUUGCAAUAAACUAAUUUCACUACCUGUCUACAUGUCUAUGUAUCUAAAUAUUAUCUAACGCAAUACAAUGUAAUAUAUUUCGCCGGAUGUUGUGAUUAUAAUUAACAUUUGUUUUUGUAUCGUUUCAGACAAAUGGUUUGAUUAUGGUAAGGCCAACACUGGAUGGUUAGAAAACAGACAGAAAGCCGAUUUGUCCAAACGAAUCAACCGGCCAAAUUUUGGCGAACUCGGCGUGGAAGGUACAUUCAAAAAACUGGAAAUCGAUUAAAACAUAAACAAAAUAAUAUAUAAUAUACAACACAGAUAUAAAACAUUAAAGUUCAUAUUUUAGCAUAAUAUAAGUUUAAAUAACAACUUAAAUAAUAAUUUAAAUCGUCGUGUUUUAUGUUUUUGUAUUUUUAAAUGUAUACCAUAAACAGAGGCUCAGAGUGGAAUGAGGACUAGAAAAUUAUUUUUUUAUUAAACAGCUGGUUUUUUAUUUUUCAAAUUGACAUAUUACUUUUAUUAUGUUUACUUUACUGUAUUUAUUAUAUUCAGCGUUUAUCGCGUAAGCCGAGAAGUAAAACAUGCUAUCCUGGAUAUAUAGAUAAGUGUAAGAAUACUAACAAAUUGCUAAUACAUAAUUUUUUUUUUUUAUUUCCAUACUGGCCACGGCCCAAAGUACAGAUGAUUAUUAUAAGAAUUAAAUAAAAUAUGAAUAUACCUAAACUAGCAUAGGUACUAGAAAAAAAACCAAAGUGCAAAAAGACGUCCUAGGAUAAUGUGUACGGGUGCAGCUACUGUUACAGAUACUUUAAUGUAUAUCUGUAAGCAACGAUAAACCAUUGAAAAAAC